AUGUCAUCGCAACGUUCUGAUACGCUUUCGCGGCUGGACAGCGACCCAUUAGAGACUCUUGAUUCGCCAGUUCUUAACCCGACACUGUCCUCUCCUUCUAUAACUACGUCAACUGUUACGAAAAGGCGCUACUCGAAAGUCUGGCACUAUACACCUGUUGACCGCAAUGAGGUUACUCUCAAUGCGCUGGGAAAGUCAAUAUGGCGCUGCAAGUACUGCGCAAAAGAGUAUCUAGAGUCUGGUGGAACCACUGUUAUCUCGGCCCACCUCAAGGGCCGGCAUAACAUCGAUAUAUCCUCCAGUCAGGAAGCCCGAACCACAUUGAUGCAAGCCACCAUCGCCGACGCCUUUGAAAAAGCCCGGCAGACUACCAAUUACAAACGCCGCUGUCUCUCUACGGUUGCAACUCAGGAUUUAGACCCCGCUGUUGUCGAACAGCUAUACGUACGAUGGAUCACAACCUGUAGUGUCUCGUUCCGCAUGGCAACACUGUCAGAAUUCAGGGCCUUACUUUGCUACCUGAAUCCAGAGAUCGACAACUGGCUGCCAAACUCCACUCCGACUAUACGUACCUGGGCCUUGCGGACGUUUGAGGCUCAGAAACAUCAAGUCAAACGCGAUAUCCAGUCAGCUCUCUCAAAAGUACACUUUACGGUUGAUCUCUGGACCUCCCCCAAUGCUCUUGCGAUCCUCGGCAUAGUUGCACAUUAUACAUCCGAAACCGGCCGAUUAAAAUACUCCGUUCUGGCCUUAAGAGAACUUGAUGGCAAGCACUCGGGCCCGAAUAUGGCAGAUUGUGUUAUGGAAGUUAUUAGCGACUAUGGAAUCGCCUCGAAAGUGGGUUAUUUCAUGAUGGACAAUGCAGACAACAAUAGUACAAUGAUGAAGGCUAUUUCUACGCUAUUACUCGACCAGUAUCAGAUUGUCUAUGAUGCCGAGCACCACCGCCUUCGCUGCAAUGGCCAUAUCAUUAAUCUAGCCGCUCAGUCUUUUCUCUUUCAUACAAACGAUGAAUCUCUCGCAGAUGAGAAUAAUACGAGUGCCUUGACAACACCGACGGAACUGGAGAUGGAACAAUGGCGAGGCAAGGGGCCUCUUGGGAAACUCCACAAUAUUGUGGUCUAUAUCCAGCGGAGCACACAACGCCUGGCCAAUUUCAGAGAACUCAGUGGCGGCCGCAACCUCGUACGGGACAACUCUACCCGCUGGAACUCUUGGUAUGCGAUGAUCCGUACUGCGACAAAGCUCAAGGCCGCUAUCAACCUCUUUUGCCACCAAUAUCAAGAGAACAACGACGACCUGCUGUCGGAAAAGGACUGGCAAGACUUGCAAAAGCUCCAGGAUUUCCUGUUGUUCUUUUAUGAUGCCACAACAGGUACAGAAGGUCGCAAUGCAACUAUUGACAGAGUAUUGCCGACAAUGGACUUCCUCCUUGAGCAGUUCGAGACUGCGAAGGAAACAUAUGCCAAUGACCCGUUUAUGAGUCCUUGUUGCAACUCUGGCUGGGCCAAGCUGGAUAAGUAUUACAGCUUGACGGACAGAUCGCCGGUCUAUAUCGCAGCACUGGUGUUGUCUCCACAGUGGAAAUGGGACUAUAUUGACAACAAUUGGCCUUCAGACUGGCGGGAACCUUGCAGGAAACAAAUGUUGGAUUUCUGGACUAAAGAAUAUAAAUCCACCGCAGUUGCAGUCCCUAUGCAGGCGUCAGAAGCAGGCAAUGGGGUCAAGAACUCCUUCUACCAGUGGGCACAGCAGAGGAGAGGGACUAGUCUCGAUCAGGACGAAUACACAAAGUAUCUUCUUGCCCCAAUCGUACCAGAAGUGACGGAUCCGCGAUCCUGGUGGCUUGAGCCUACUCAGAGGAAGUCUUACCCAGCUCUAUCUAUUAUGGCUUUAGAUGUGUUGUCUAUUCCGGCAAUGUCGGCGGAGCCAGAACGCCUAUUUUCAGGUACGAAGAUCACUAUCACGGAUCGUAGGAACCGCAUGGGCAUUGAAAGUAUUGAAGCGACGGAAUGCCUCAAAUCAUGGCUUGGGAAAGGCAGCAGGGUAGCCUUUGCCGACGACGACCUUGAUACAAGUGAAGCUAUUCCAUAG